AGUGUUCAUCAACAAACCACUCCCAUUAAUCAUUAAUAUCUGGCUACAGAUUUUUGGGGUUAUUUUAAACUAUUUCUCAUUGACUGACCAUGGCAUUUCCCCACCUCUGUUUAUAUAUCUUCUCCCCCCAAACUUCCUUUCUACUUAGCAAUUGGCAAGAGUGUGACCUUGAGGAAAGCUAGCUAGCCAAGAUGACAAUUGUUGAAAUGCUUGUCCAUAUGGACUGCUCUGGCUGUGAAAGCAAGAUAAGGAAAGCGUUGCUCAAGCUUGACGGGGUUCAUGACGUGGACGUGAACGUCGUGAUGCAGAAGGUCACGGUGACCGGGUGGGUGGAGGAGAAGAAGGCGCUCAGGGCGGUGAGGAAGACCGGCCGGCGAGCGGUGUUGUGGCCGUAUCCGUUGAACCCCGAGUUGGUCGUCCACAACCAGGAGUACUACCACCUGAAGCAGUACUCCCCGUCGGCGCCGCCGGCGAACUUCCUCACCUUUAACGCCCUCCCUACCUCUUCCUACAACUAUCGUAAGCACGGCUACGACAGCUCCAUGCUGCACCAGUACUACUACCAGAACCCGGCGCCGCAGAGCCAUAUGAUCGACGACAGUGCAAGCGCGAUGUUUAGUGAUGAUAACCCAACAGCCUGCUCGGUUAUGUGAUCACUUCAACUGUUUAUCAGUUACAAGUGUGUAUUUGAUGUAUAUUCGAAAUAAUGUCAGACUUCCAGUCUUGUAAAUAGGGCCGUAAACUAAUCCAAUCGAGCUAAACUUGAUAUCAA